AUGGUUGAGGCUCCUGGUGGUGCUUUCCAUUUUGGGGCUUUUCUCUCUGUUCUAUUAGCUUAUGUUACAGAAGAGGUCGCAACCCAACCACCCUCCACUUAUGACCCUACCGUGGAAGGCUUCAUAACACUAGGGUGCGAAGAAGCAACUCACCUCACUAACAAAUGGGUCCGUUCUCUGAUUGUCAAGGUAAUUGGGAAAUCGUUCUCAGUUGAAUUUCUAAAAUCAUCCAUCCAAAGAAUAUGGAAGCUCCACCAACCUCCACAACUAAUUGCACUGGGGAAAAUCUUCUACAAUGUGUCUGUGCAAACGGAAGAAACACGUCAGUCAAUCCUCUCCAAUGGCCCAUGGUUUACUGUGGGACACAUGCUGAUUGUACAACCAUGGAUACCAGGCUUCAAACCUUCCCAAGCUGUUAUCUCAAAAGCCCCUGUUUGGGUUUCUCUCCCAGAGCUACCAAUUGAGUUCCACACUCUAUCAAUGCUGACAAAGAUCGCAAAUGAAAUUGGAUGUUUCAUAAAAACAGAUAUGAAUGCAUUGGAGCAGAAUCGAGUCAAAUUUGCAAGAAUCAAAGUUCUACUGGACCUAGCAAAACAGAGGAAGGAAAGUGUAUGGCUAGGAGCGUUCAAACAGAGCAUACAAUACGAAGAGAGUCCACAAUUCUGUGAGGAUUGUAAAACAAUCGGCCAUGCAACAGAGAGAUGCCCUAGAAAGCGAGUGGAAAGAGAUGAACAAAAGAUGGAAGAGGAGCAAGCUAACAUCCCAACCGUCCAAAAAACGGCGCCACACGUGGCAGAAUCACAAAACAACGCACCAAACGAGGAGGCGGGAAACCCCUGGAUCCAUGUUUCAAGGAAGGGAGCAGCAGGAAAGACAAAAACGCCCAAAAAAGUGGAGUGA